GCCAUCUGUAUAUUAGGCCACCCCUUAUAUCCAAUCCCUUGCCCGCCCCUUCAUUCACUUUUUUUUUUCUUUCUUCUUUAUCACAAACUUUUAGAGAUAGAGAGGGAGCCGGACAAAAUAAGCCUAGAGAGACUCCACUACUCCUCCAACCCCAUUUUAUUUUCAAAACCAAUAAUAAUAAUAAUAAUAAUUUUAUUAUUAUUAUCUAAGCUUAUCACCUAGCCUUCAUUUCAUCAUUUCUUCAAUCUGUCCAAAUGGGGGAGGAAGAGAAAAAGGGGGAUGAAGUGAAGAAGCCGGAGGAGGUGGAGAAGAAAGUAGAUGAGAGCAGUCCUGCUGCGGCGGGCGGCGGCGGCGGAGGAGAGGAGAAAGCGGACGGAGAGGCCGCCGCCAGUAAAGCGGCGGCAGAGGAUAAGAAGGACGAGUCUCCGCCGCCGCCCCCGGAAGUUGUUCUUAGAGUGUUCAUGCAUUGCGAGGGGUGUGCCCGCAAAGUCCGCCGCUGCCUCAAAGGCUUUGACGGGGUAGAGGAAGUGGUGACUGAUUGCAAGACCCAUACGGUGGUGGUGAAAGGUGAAAAGGCAGAUCCAAUAAAAGUGUUGGAGAGGGUUCAGAAGAAGAGCCACCGCCAGGUUGAGCUACUCUCUCCCAUUCCGCCGCCGCCUCCACCGGCGGAGGAACCCAAAAAGCCGCCGGAGGAACCCCCUCAGGCGGAGGAGAAAAAACAGCCCCAGGUGGUGAGUGCCAUUCUGAAAGUUCACAUGCACUGUGAGGCAUGUGCACAAGAAAUCAAGAGGAGGAUCCAGAGGAUGAAAGGUGUAGAAAAUGUUGAACCUGACUUUAAGGGCUCGUUGGUGACGGUUAAGGGCAUCUUUGAGCCCCCAACCCUAGUGGAUUACAUAGCCAAGAGGACCGGCAAAAGGGUGGAGAUUGUGAAGGUGGAGCCCGAGAAGGCGGCGGACGGGGCGGAGGAGAGCCCGAAGGAGGACAAGACCUCCGCCGCAGAAGGAGGAGAGAAAAAAGAGGAGAAGACCGGCGGCGAGGAAGACGCCGCUGGUAAAGAAAAGAAAGAAGGGGCAGCUGCCCCUCCUGCUGACGUCCCUGCUGAAAUGGCAGGGACUGUCGUCGGGUUUCCAGAUCAAGACGACCCGAAGCUGGAACUGAGGAAGAACGAGUUUUUCUACUACUACUACCCUCCGCCGAACUACUACCACCUCCACGUCCCGUCUCCUCCUCUACCUCCCCCGAGGUAUGGUCAUCAAGAGAUCUAUGGAUAUGGAGUGGAAGCUCAUCAUCCUCCACCACAGAUGUUUAGUGACGACAACCCAAAUGCAUGUUCAGUGAUGUGAACCAUCAUCAUCAUCACCAUCAUCAUCAUGAUGCAUGUAUGUAUGUACGAGGAACAUGGAGAUCAAAUCAGUGAGAGAUAAUAUAUAUACAUAAGGCACAUGGUUGAUCUGCAUGGACAUGGGGCCAUUGUUGGUGUGUCUACACAUGCAUGUGCCCUUGUCUCCCCCUCAAAACCUCUUUAUUUCUACCCCUUUUUUUGUUGUUUACUUUAUCAUGCAUGUUCCAUAUAUAGUGUUAGGUAAUAAUAUCUCAUUUACCUAUAUUAUUGUAGCAUAUAUAUGUUACUAAUAAAUAAAUAGUAUUCCCAAUGCUUUAAUAAUUACAUUUGGUCGAGCUAAAAUGUGAGAAUAUAUAUAUAUGCAUGUUGAAUUUGUAUUACUAAAUUAUGAAUGAAAUUAUUGAAUAUAU